UAGGAUAUUGAAGAGGUACUAAAUCGCAAUCGAAGUCGAAACCUAACCCGUCGGGAACCAGCAUAAAGAGAAGAAAACAGAUCGCCUUCACAAUAUCCACAUAUAUAAGUCCGCUUGUUACACUUCUGCUGAACUACAAUACCUGAUUGUAAACAAAAUUUAAGAGAGAAAUAAGGAUCAAGCAAAGAGAAGUCAAAAUUUCAAAAAUCAUCUUGAAUUAAACUGGAUAAAACAGAUAGAAGAAAACACCAAAAUGUCGUCAGCAGAACUGUUACAACCGGCUACAGACCAUCAGCCAGUACCUAGUACCAUGUCACAAGGUCAUGUGGCAGCAUGGGGAGGUGCUGGACUGGCUACAGACCCACCAGUGACCUCCAAUCCAUGGAUGUCAUCGCAGACAACACAGACCAAGGAACAGUCCUCUCCUUCCUCCUUCCGUGAUCUCAUGUCAGAGGACCUAGCUCAGAACAUCCAAGAGCAAGAGAAUGAGAUGUACUACAAGGCACUAAUUGGAGCAACUGAUGUAAACAACAUCUUCAGCCUUGGCAAAGUAGAGGAUACAUCAGAAGAUUUAAUCUUGGCACAGGUAUUGCAGUAUGAGUAUGAUCGCGAGUAUGACCAGCAGUUGAAUCGUGAAGAGAGGCACUACAAUGGCAAUUCUAAAGUUUCGGUGUCAUUCAACAAGUUUAAGAUAUGCCCUGAUUGGUAUGGGCCUGAUAGUGAUGAUGAACCUCAGGAACUGGAUGAAGACAACAGAGAUUUUGACUCUUUUGAGGCACGUGAACGUGAGGAUCCAGUCAUUCCAGCUUGUGGAUAUGUCAAGCAUGGCAAGGGCAUUGUGACCAAGCAUGACCUUGCAAUCAGCGGUCGUAAAAACGCUGAGCGAAUCAUGAACCUCCCCCCUGGAAUAAACACAGGAGAUGGUGGAGGAUUUGACAUGUAUCUGUCAAACAAGGUUUAUAACAAGCUACAGCGUGCUGCAAAUAAAGAAAACAAAGGAAAGAACCGUGUUCAUGACAAGGUGGAAAAAGCCACAGCUGAGAUGGCUCUGGAUCCAAAUACACGACUGUUGAUUUUCAAAUUAGUAAACAAUGCUAUUCUGGAAUCUGUGAAUGGUGUCAUUAGUUCAGGCAAAGAAGCUGUUGUCAUUCAUGCCAAUGGAGGACAGAUUGAAGACAAGGUUAUUUCAGACGAGUGUGCUGUGAAGGUCUUCAAGACAACCCUAACUGAUUUCAAAACACGUGAGCGCUACAUCCGAGAAGAUUAUCGUUUCAGAGACAGAAUGACUAAGAAUAACACACAGAAGUCUAUUCGUCUGUGGGCUGAGAAAGAGUAUCACAAUUUGCGACGUCUGCAGCGUGCUGCCAUACCUUCACCCGAGCCAAUAAUGAUUAAGAAGCAUGUCCUGGUGAUGUCCUUUAUUGGCCGUAACCAUCAGGCUGCACCUAAGCUGAAGGAUGCUUAUCUGUCAUCCUGUGAUCUUUCCAUUGCGUAUGAGCAAGUGGUCGAGGCAAUGGUGAAGAUGUUCCAAGGCUGCCACCUUGUUCAUGCUGAUUUGAGUGAAUACAACAUCUUGUGGCAUGAAGGUCGUUGCUGGAUCAUUGAUGUGGGUCAGGCUGUUGAACCAUCACACCCAAAUGCUCUACACUUCUUACACCGUGACUGUUCUAACAUCAUUAAGUUCUUCCAGACUAAAGGGCUUCCACAGUUGCCAACUCCUCUUCAGCUGUUUGAGAAAGUGAGUGGCAUUUCUCUCCCUGGGCCAGAGGAUGAAGCUGCAAGGAUGAUUUAUGAAUAUGAAGCCCAUCAAGAGCUCUGGCGCCAGAAAAUGAAUAGCACAAACCGCAACUUUGAGUUCCUGUGGGAGGAAAUUCAGUGACAAUUUACUGGAAGAAUUUGUUGUGAUCGAUGAGACAGGAGAAGAGCUGAUACCACCAACAAAAAGUGAGCCUAAGAAAAGUAUUCUUAAGAAAGAGAAAAGCAUUGGGGAAGAAAGGACAUCAGAGAUAGCAGAGAGACUUGUGGGAUGUUCCCUUGAAAGGGAGAAGCACCCAGACACGGCUGAGAGUUCGAAUGAAACCAUCCAUUGCAGAGUGUCCUUCCUAGAUGAAGACUUCCCCAGUCUGAGUUCAGGGGCACAAGCAGGUUCCCCUGAUAGUAAGACCAGCAGCAAACAAGGCAAGAAAAAGAAGGCCAAAAACAGGAAAAUUAAGUAAUCUCUACAUCGAGUGUCAAUCGAGAACCAUACAUGUAAUGAUAUAUAUUUUUUUUACAACAGUUUUCUUUAUGUGAUGGCAUUUCCUUCUAAUUUAUUUCAGGAGUGAUUUGAAGCUGAAAUUUUUGAUAACUUGAAUUUUUAAUUUUUGGUGCCUCAGUUAGGCUUUUGAGAUUCAGGAAAUAACUAUGUGGUACAGUAUUCUACAGUUCCGUAUGAGUUGAAAGUAUUAUAAGGUUUGUUAAAUGAGUUGUGUAAUUAUUGGUAUUAGUUAAUGGUUCUGUCUUCAGUUAAAGGAUACAAAAGAAAGGUGUCCAUAUUUUGCAUAGUAAGAAACUUCUUUUGUAAUUUUGUUUUCUGUUUCUCUGUAUGAGUUGUCAUUUGUUAAGGAUGAAACCAUAGAUUUUUUUUAUUUACUUGAGGAUUGUGACAGUUGAAUAGACAGUGAUACUCCUACACUUUAUGUAACUCUUACAGGAAAGACAUGAUGCAUAACAAUUUGAACAUACAAGGGGACACUUCAAGUAAUUGGAAAUGUGUAUGGUUGUCAUAGUUGGCAUCAGAAAAUGUUUAUAAUAAGAUAUUCAAAGAUGUAAUUCUUGUGUUGUGUCUCCAGGUCCUCUUUUUAAAUGUAGCCAUAAUGUAGCUGAUUAAUGACUUACAAAAGUUAACUCUUAUGGUUGGUUGUCUACCAUACUCAAUAAUGAUAAAAUGAUAAAAAUAACAAAAAGCUAAAACCCAAAAAAAGGCAUUAUAUGUCCUGCCUAAAGCUAGUUGACUAGUUAUUUUAGCUUUACUUUCACAAACUGUGAAUGGUCAUGUUAAGUUUCAUAGCAAGUAAAAUGGAAAUGGUUUAGUUAUUAUGCAGCAGAUAGGGACAAAGUUGUAUUUGUUGAAUAUAUAAGGUUGUACCAGACAAACGAUCCAAAUGUAUUUUAGAAUAUGUGUAUUGCUUGUACCCAGUAACUGCACUAUGUUCAGGGUAUACAGAAGUGUCUAUUAUCAAAUGACAUGUAAGAGAAUUACUGUGGGAAAUGAUAAAAUGUAAUGGGAGGAUUUAAUUGGAAAUGUUAAGAAACAAAGAGCCUGUAAUAAGAGCAGUACUGUAGAUUGACAUCAAUAAAACAUCAGCGGUACUAUAAAA